AUGAGUGAUAAGUCAGACUUGUCUGAAGUGGAGAAGUUUGACAGGUCAAAACUGAAGAAAACUAAUACUAAGGAAAAGAAUACUCUUCUCUCAAAUGAAACCAUCCAGCAGGAGAAAAAGGGUGUUCAAAUUUUGUAA